UGCAAGAAGCAAACACUGGAAACCCUAAUUUGAAUUUGUUCCCUCAUCCUUCUGGUUAAGUUUAUUCGAUUUGCAAGAGGUUUUGAAAGCAAUCAGACAACAUUAGCUUUGUGACUUUCAGUAGGUGGAGACAGACAGAAAUGUUAGAAAACGAAGCAAACCCGACAAUCAGUAAGUCAACUGGCUUGCCUAGGAAGCGUUUUUAUCGAGCACGAGCGCAUAGCAAUCCGUUGAGUGAUUCGCAUUUCCCUGUGCCGAUUUCUCCUAGUCAUGUUGACUUCUCGCUUCAUUACCCUCAAUUCUUUUCCUUGUCUUGUGAAGUUGGCUGUAUCAAAAAGGUUCAGUUUGCUGAUAUUGGUUGUGGUUUUGGGGGGCUUCUUGUUAGUCUUUCAACACUUUUUCCAGAGACCUUGAUGAUUGGGAUGGAGCUUAGGGAUAAGGUGGCAGAGUACGUUAAGGAAAGGAUUUUAGCACUGAGGACAACAAAUCCUGGUCAAUAUCAAAAUGUCUCUGUAGUUCGCACCAAUUCGAUGAAGUACAUUCCCAAUUACUUUGAGAAGGGGCAACUUACAAAAAUGUUUUUCCUGUUUCCUGAUCCUCAUUUCAAAGAGAAGAAUCAUCGUAGACGAGUGAUCAGUCCACAUUUGCUUGAUGAGUAUGCAUAUGUUCUUGAGGUUGGUGGAAUUAUCUAUACGAUUACAGAUGUGGAAGAACUUGGAGAGUGGAUGAAGACUUGUUUGGAUAAUCACCCCAUGUUUGAAGCCCUCACAGAGGAGGAACUUCAAGCAGAUCCAGCCGUAAAACUCUUGUGUACAGCAACUGAAGAAGGGCAAAAGGUUGCUAGGAAUGGGGGACAGACUUUUCAAGCAGUCUAUAGACGUAUUGCACUCUCUCUUUGAUGCAUGUUGGAACUCUUAGGCUGCUGAUACUCGAUCGUUAAUGGGGAUGAGUCACGAGUCAUGACAGCCAAUUUUGUAGGGUUUUUUUUUUUUUAGCUGUUCUCGUUAGCUGUUUGCGGCCUCACUUUUAUUUUGCAGUUAUACAAACACAUGUUUCCCAAUAGAGUUUUGCCUGGCUGAAAUUUGUCUUGGAAGAUAUAUGCGAUUGUUUUACACAUGGAUUGUAAAAUCAAAAUAGUAAAUAAGAUGAACACUUUUUUCUAAA